AUGUCACGCUGCCACCUUGCCAAGCCCACUAAUAAGGCCGAAAUUCUCAAUGUGCCGGCUUGCUUCAAGAACUUCUUCGCCAACAGCUUCACCAAACCACCACCACCGACAAGCUCGCCGCUCAUCAGAGAAAGAGAUGCCCUUCGGGUAGCCAUGGCACAGCACAUCACCACCAGCAAUGGCGGCGACACUGCUGUGCCGGAGACACCGAGCUGA